AUGCCUAACAAAACUUUCGUUUCUUGUAACGAAAAAGACGUACCUGGACGAAAAGUGAGUAAAGAGCGUGUAACCAUACUACCAUGUGCUAAUGCUGCAGGUACACACGCGCUUAAGAUGGUGGUCAUUGGGAAAUCUAAUAAACCAAGGGCAUUCAAAAACAUUGAUUUACCUGUACACUAUUACGGACAAAAAAGUGCAUGGAUGACAAAAGACCUUUUCAAAAAGUGGUUUGAUGAAUGCUUCGUACCUGAAGUUAGAAAAUGGUUAAAAGAUCAUAAUUUUCCUCAAAAAGCGUUGUUGCUUCUUGAUAACGCUCCCGGUCAUCCGUCUGAAGAAGAACUGACAACUGAGGAUAAAUGCAUCACUGCGAUGUUUCUUCCGCCAAAUUGCACUGCACUGAUUCAACCAAUGGACCAGAACAUCAUUCAUCAGUCGUGGAGUGCGUUACCGUCAUCAACUAUUAAAUCGUCUUGGAAAAAGUUAUGGCCAGAUAUAAUCACCACUCCUAGCAACGAUCCACAAAUCAGUGUAACUUCGGAAGUUAUAGAACAAGUCUCUACUGAAACACAGAUAAGUCCGGAAGAUUUGGAAGUCUGGUACCGUGGAAUGGAUAAAGAAGAAAAUGUUUUUCUUGAAAUGUCUGACAAAGAUAUUAUAAAAGAGGUUUCUAAUAAUACAACAAACGAUCAGGAAGAUAACGACGACGUGAUUGCAACUGCUCCACAAGUCACAGAUCAAGACGCAGUUAACGCUUUUGAGCUAGGUUUACAAUGGGCUGAAGAGAAUGGUACAUCCUACAACGAACUUUUACUUUUGAGAAGACUGAGGGACAAAGCUCUGAUCUCGCGUUAUAACAACCUUAAACAAAAAAAAAUUGAUGAAUAUGUAUUUCAAAGCUUCAUAAUUUGA